GUUAUCAGAUGAUGUAUACUAAACUUUGUCAAAGGUUAUAAGAUAUUAAUAUAAUCUUAGAAAGUGCAAAAGUCCAUGUCUCACAAACUAUGGAUCAACACAUCUCUUUUAAAGGCUCCAAAUCAGUCAAUAGUCAAGCGUUAUAGAAUAAUGUCUGGAACACUUACAUUUUGUAUCUUAAUCUUUAUACCGCUAGGUUUAAUCACUGGAAAUUCAGGCUCCAAUAAUGGAACUAUUUGUGCAACAAGAGAAGCCUUCAGAUUGUGUUCACACAAAAGCAUUUUAACCGAAGUUAAUGAAUUAAGAAACGAAGAACGUCUUCAAAUCUCUGAUUUGGGUCUUCUUUCAAUAGCAGCAGGAGCUUUCAAAGAUCUAUCCAUCACACAUCUUUACCUGAAUCAAGGAAACCAGAUAUCAAUUUUGACGACAGACUCAUUUAGUGGUUUACCAAAUCUAAAAUGGCUUCAUUUAGACAAUAACGUUGUGUCACUUUCAUCAAAUCUCUUUGAGAAAUUAAAGAGCCUAGUAUCACUAUCACUGGUUUAUAAUCGAAUCAACAAUAUACCAGCCAGAUCCUUCAAUGGUCUGACCAAAUUAACAUUUCUUUACCUCAAUCACAAUGAUAUUACACACAUCUCAGCCAACGCUUUUCAAGGAGUCAGCAGUAAUCUCAUGUACUUGUGGCUCAGCAAUAAUCAAAUAAAUGAAAUUGCGCCUGGAGCUUUCGCAGGAUUGACACAACUGAAUCAACUGCAUUUGGAAUCAAAUCAUUUGACAUCCUUGCAAGCUGGAUUUUCUGAUGGUCUCAUCAAUUUGGAAGUUCUUUUCCUUAACGAUAACCAACUGACAUCAUUGCAGCAAAGCACAUUUACCAAUUUGGGAAAUCUACAAAAAUUGUAUUUACAAAAUAACAACAUUGCAAGCAUUGAGUCCGACAGCUUUGUGGCUUUAAGGAAAUUAGAAUUUCUUCAACUUAAUGGAAACCAUCUGACCAUCAUAGACAAUGGAGCGUUUUACGGACUUAUUGCACUCAAGGAAUUGCAUCUUUCGAACAAUGAGAUACAAGAACUGAAGAAAUUGGUUUUCAAAGAUUUACAAGCUCUUACUUCGAUUCAUCUGAAUAGAACUAAUCUGACUGAUUUAGAUAUUGAACAAAGUGGUUUGCCCUCAUCAGCUUCUGUAAUUUCAACUAAAUAAAAAAGUUGAAUCUUAAAUAAAUGUAAAAGUUCAAUAAUUAAAAAGUAUUUUAAAUUA